CGAGAAACAGUGUAAGAGCAAUAGUAGCAGCAGAAGGGUCUUUAUAGAGUGUGCUUGUGAUAAAGGACAGCUCCAGUAGUAACAAUAAACACGAGACCAACCCUUAUUACUACUUGUAGUACUACUAUUAAUAAUAAUAAUAAUAAUAAUUAUAAUAAUAACAGCAACAUUAAAUAACGAUUUGAACAUUUAUAAUAACUACAAGAAGAACGGCACUGUCAGCAGUAGGAACCCUUCAAGAAACUGUUCAUAACAACACCGCCCUCUUUUCUUUUUCUUUGGCUUACUAAAAAAAAAAAAAAACCAAAAAAGGGGACAAAAAGAAAGGAAUAGAAAAAAAAAAGAAAAACACACACUCCGACAUAAUGCCUGAAAAUAUAACUGUGUCCGAAUUUUUACGGGAGACGUGGGACGAUUACCAUUCGCCGACAACCUCCACCUUUGUUUCAAGAAUGCCUCUCUGCAAAAAUACCAUCUCUGGCCUGGAAGAGAGUCUUGAUUAUGACCGAAGUGGACUUACCAAGAUGAAGAAGUCUAUAAAAGCUUUGUAUAAUUCAGGCAGCAUGCAUGUAUCAAAUGAGGCUUAUUUGGCUGAGAACCUCGAGAGGUUGAGUAAGAAUGCCAGUACACGGGACCAAGAAGAAGAAAUUGGGGAAGCUUUCCUGAAGUUCUCACGAGUUACCAAAGAGCUCUCAGCUUUGAUGAAAAAUCUGAUACAAAGCCUGAACAACAUCCUGUUGUUUCCUCUUGAUACAUUCCUGAAGGGAGAGUUGAAAGGAGUGAAAGGGGACCUGAAGAAACCAUUUGAUAAAGCUACAAAGGAGUACGAGACAAAAUUUACAAAAAUAGAAAAAGAAAAGAAACAACAAGCUAAAGAAGUAGGAAUGAUUCGCUCUGAAGUGUCCGGCCCUGAGAUUGCAGAAGAGAUGGAAAAAGAAAGAAAAAUGUUUCAGUUACAAGCAUGUGAAUAUCUAAUAAAAGUCAAUGAAAUCCGCACAAAGAAAGGAGUCGAUCUACUACAACAUCUAGUUGAAUACUACCAAGCUCAAACCACAUUAUUCCAAGAUGGUAUCAAAACCAUCAACCAUUUUAGCAGCUUUAUUGAUGGUUUAGUAGGUCAGCUCCGUAAAAUUAAACAAAGGCAAGAUGAGGAGCGGAAGCAACUAAUUGAGCUGAGAGAUGUCCUCAAGAAUUCAAUGUCAUCUUUCAAAGAGCAUGCUCAUCACAGACUCUCAGGAGGGAGUUGGAUACCUUCGUCAUGCAGUUCAGUGUCGGGAUACAGCCUUCACCAGCUUCAGGGCAACAAAAGCCAUGGUAGUCAGAAAACGGGUUACCUGCUGAAAAAGAGUGAGGGGCGAAUGAGAAGAGUGUGGCAGAAGAGAAGAUGUAACAUCAAAGAUGGAACCAUGUCGAUCAGUCAUCAAGAUGAAAGUAAAGACCCUGUAAAAUUGAAUCUGCUCACCUGCCAAGUAAAAUUAGUACCAGAUGACCCUGGCAAGAAAUAUUUCGAUUUGAUAUCUAGUUCUAAAAAUCGAACUUACCAUUUCCAAGCAGAUGAUGAGAAAGAAAUGGAAGAAUGGAUCUCGGUACUAAACAAUGCCAAGGAAGAAGUGUUACUGAAAGCAUUCCAAGACAACAGCAAUUCCACCUCGAUAAAUCAGAGUGUCCGUGAACUGACAUGUAGCAUCAUUGAACGAGUGAAGCAGUUGCCUGGCAACAAGACAUGCUGCGAUUGUGGAGCACCAGAUCCAGAAUGGUUGUCCACCAACUUGGGUAUCUUGAUCUGUCUGGAGUGCUGUGGUAUUCAUCGUGAGGUUGGUGUCCACAUCAGUAGGACACAGAGUAUUGUCAUAGAUGAACUUGGUACAUCCCAGCUGCUGUUAGCAAGAGCGGUGGGUAACAGCAAUUUCAAUGACAUCAUGGAAGCCAAAUUAGCAUUUGACACUUCACUGAAACCAAAGGCGACAAGUGGCAUGAACAAACGUCGAGAGUUUAUCAAGGCGAAAUAUGAACAGCACAAAUAUGUGAUCCAGACAUGCACAGACAAGGAAGACUUGAAACAGGAACUGCAACAAGCAAUUGCAUCAAAGGACGUGUUUGCACUGCUACAGGUACAUGCUGAGGGAUUGGAGCUGAUGACAACCCUGCCAAAUACAGAGAAUGAUGAGACUUCACUGCACAUGGCAAUUAGUCAAGAAGAUGGAAACAGUUUACAUAUGGUGGACUUUAUUAUACAGAAUAGCAGUAUUUCUAGUCUGGAUAAACGAACCAAAGAUGGCAACACAGCCCUCCAUUUAUGUGCUCAACUCAACAAAUCUGAAUGUAUAAAGUUGAUAUUGCGCACCAAACCAGACAUGGCUUCACUCGAGAACAUUGCAGGCCAAGCUCCUCUAGAUAUUGCCAUUGAAAAUAACCACCAACUUUGUGCUGAACUGAUAAAAGCUGCUUUGGAGAACAGAAAAGAUUUAUUUGAAAACGUCAAUAUUGACUGGGAUCUUAUGGUGGAGGAGCCCCAAUAUCCGCUUGACUGUUAUAGUGAUGAUGAUAUUGAUGGAGUACCGGAGUACAAGAAACCACGAUCGAGACCGUCGAGUGUGAUUGGUAUCAAUGAAACAUCAAGUGCAGCCUCAGUUUCUCGAGAGGCUGUUUAUCGAGAUAAAGGAGAAAUUGAGACCAGUCGGCCCCCGCCAUUGCCACCACCUCUAAACAAACCGACAAAAUUUAAGCUGAGAUCCUAUCUAUCCCGUAGCAAACUGAAGUCAGCAUUAUUUGCAUCAGGUUUGAAUCACUAUAGCAUCAGUGGAGCGGCACCUUCACAGACCAACGGAACCUUGCUGCACACCACUUCCUACAACUAUAAUCACAGCGGUGCAGGCGGACCAAGUCUGCCUCCACUGCCGCCCAAAAAGAAGCCACCAGCCCCUGUUCCACCGCCAACAUCUGGCCAUACAAGGAACUGGUCCGAGCCCAAUGCCUCUUUCUUGGGUCACUAUCGUACGCCUUCAGACCCGCCACCUCCACGGUUCAAACCACCCAGUCCUGAGAAUCGCAAUACCAUGCAUGUUCCUGUAGGUUCCAAGGUGGUAUUACAAAAGCCUGCAGAAUCGGAGAGACAAAGAUAUUCAUACGGGAGUGUCCUCCCUCCACCUCUCCCGCAUCCUCGCAGUACAAGAGCUUCCUCUUUGAAUAGCGCUGAUUUGACCCUACGUAAUGAUCGAAGUCGUUCUCGUGACAGAAUUGAUCCUGGGGGGAGAGUUGAAGAGACUCAGGGCAAAGACUUUGUAGCACCACCUGUUCCUGUUCCACGAAUUAAGAAAAAAUCUAAUGGUAAGAGACGCUGUCGAGCUAAAUAUGACUGUGAUGCUGAUAAUGAAGAUGAGCUGACAUUUAAAGGUGGAGAAAUUAUUAUCGUCCUCCAUGAAGAGGAGGAAGAGUGGUGGGAAGGUGAAAUUGAUGGACAACCUGAGAGACGAGGUUUGUUCCCAGUCAGUUUUGUCACCAUGCUACCUAACUGACCCAUCCGUUCCCAGACAGAUACACUGUAAGCUGGCUUCCACUGCUGUGAAAGAACAAGCCCAGAACUGGCCAGAUAUAAAGUCACAAUCUACAACCGGCCUUUUCUUAGUUACAGCCAUCUAUUUUUGGAUUAGAAAAAAAAAGGACUCAGCAGAUAACUCUAAUCAACUCAGUAGCUGGCGCUAUAAUCUUAGGGCAGAUUCAUCAUCAGGCAGUUUUGGUUUUUUUUUUUUUUUUUUCAAUGUUGAAUGCUCUGUUACCACAUUUGGCAACUUUUCAUGAUCUCUUUGUGUAUAUAUAUAUAUAAUAUUUCAGUUGGUACUGACACACUGCUUCUUCACUGACAGGAAGAUAAAAAUUAGUUGGGUUUUUUUUUUUUUUUCAAAUGGAGUAAAGGGGAAGGUGUUGGAGUAAAAAUUUUCUGACAGAAAUAGUCAAUAUACAACCACAUAUGA